UCGCCCUACAGGGCAAAGCCGACUACGUCUUCAAACUUCCACCCAACUUUGUUCUUCGUCACUCCUGCUCUACUUCACGAAACAUCCCAAACCCCCAAAAACAUUGCAUAACGCCAAAAUACGUCCCCUAACGCAUACAGACACAUCACGAACGAUAUGAUGGACGAAAUCACGCCUCAGGCGCAGCAGAACGCGCCCAAGAAAGACGACAAGCGGCAGCAGCAGGCCGCGCAGGGGAACGGCGCCGCGCAACAGGGCGGCGGCAACAGGCAAGCCCCCAAGAAGAACGGUCCUGGCGGCCGCACCGCGUCCAUCAGCACUGGCGCAGGCAACCCGCGACCGUCGUCGAGGACGAGCAACCGCUCGACCAGCAAGAAGGGCCCGGGCAACGGUCCCCAAGCUGCGGAUUCCGGUUCAGAGUCGGCGAACACGCGCAAGGGCAACGACGGCGGCAGGCAGCGCGGCAAGUCGCAGAGCGGCGGCCCCGGCGGCAACAACGGCCAGCGGGGCGGUAACACCCACCGCAAGUCGUCGCAAUCUACCUCGCAGGGUAACCGCCAGGGCGGAAACGGCCAGAGCAACAGCGACGCCUUGUCCUCGCUCCAGCGCGUCAUCGCCGACCUCAAGACCACUUCACCCCCCACCAACCCCAGUCCCAACACUAAUCCCUCCAUCUCUGCGGCUGUGGGCUCAACUCUCCCGGCCAAUGCACCAGUCUUCCAACCCGGCGCGCUGUCAUUCCCCGGCAUGAACCCUCCCGAGCAGCCGCCCCGGCACCGCAAGGCAGCUUCGCUUGGUGCGUCCUCGCUCGGGUCUUCCAAUGCGUACUCCCCGAAUCUCGGCUCCAUGAUGGAGGAUGCGGAAGACGGGCACGGUAACGCCCUCGUCGAAGAGGGCGAAAUCCCCGAGAAUCCCUACCAGACCGGACAUCCGCGUCGCUCCCUCUCUCAGAACUUCACGCCGCCCCGCUUUGCCGCCCUUGCUGCCCAGCAGCAGGAGCAGAACGACCUCGGCCCUUCCGGUCGUCCCCAGCUUGCUCCCAACUUCAUGUUCGGUGCACGCCGCCGUCCGAGCUCGAACCUUUCCAUGGGUCCUCCGAUCAACGAGGAGGACCUUGGCUUCCAGUUCCCUCAGCAGCAGAACAACUUCGAUAAUGGAGAGCCUGGCCACAAGGACAUGCUGGCUGAGCAGAUUGCAAUCCAAAAUCAGAUCGAGGCGUUGCAGCAACAGCAGCAGGCUCUUUACCACCAUCAGCUGGCAUCCAAUCAAGUCCUCUCCUCUUUCCAGUCCCCCGGAAUGGCCGCAGGACGAGGUGCUCACCGUCGCGUCCACAGCACUGUGCCGAUGAGCAUGGGUAUGGGCUCGUUUGGUGGGCAUCAGACCGCCAUGGGUCAGUUCGGUAGCCUCGGCGGCCUUGGGAUGGGUCUGGACGGACAGCCGUCCAAUGUCCCCCGUGGGCAUGGCAGGCGUCACAGCGUCAACGUCUUAAACAAGACUGGCGGCCCCAGUCUUGCUUCCCUUGGCUUCUCUGCCAGUGCGGACGGGUUCGACGACGGCUUUGCUCCCCCGAGUGCUCUGGGUGGGAACGGCCACUCUCGUUCCGACUCUAGCUGGCGUAUGGGCGGAGUGGGCAACCUCCAAGCCAACAACUUCGCGUCCGAUCUUGCACAGGCGCAGGCGCAGCUGCAGAGUCUGCAGCAGUUCCGUGCCGCUGCCGGUGGACACCACCAGAAGAUGGCGUCCUUCAGCUUCCCGAACAUGCUGCCGAACAUGAUGGCCGCGAACAUGAUGGGCCUUGGCUUGGGUGGGAUGAACCUACUCCAACAGCAGCAGCAGCAGUUCCAGUCGCAGCUUCAGCAGCAGUCUAGCCAGCCUCAGCGAAAGUCCCUCUUCGCGCCUUAUCUCCCUCAGGCCUCCCUCCCCCCGCUUCUGGCAGCCGGAAAGCUUGUCGUGGGUAUCCUCCGUGUCAACAAGCGUAACCGGUCCGAUGCAUACGUCGCAACGGAGGUCCUGGAUGCCGAUAUCUACAUUUGUGGCUCCAAGGACCGUAACCGUGCGCUGGAAGGUGACAUCGUCGCAGUCGAGCUCCUCGACGUCGACGAGGUUUGGGGUACUAAGAAGGAGAAGGAGGAGAAGAAGCGCAAAAAAGAGGAGAACUCUGCGUACGACCUUAAGGGCGCUGCUGGUCGCAAGAACGACAAGAAGAAGGACGACGUGGAGGUCGAAGGACAGGGCUUGAUGCUCUUCGAGGAUGAGGAAGUGACCGAUGAUGUGAAGCCUCAGUACGCCGGACAUGUCGUCGCCGUUGUGGAGCGCAUGCCUGGACAGCUGUUCUCUGGCACCUUGGGUCUUCUUCGCCCGUCGUCCGCGGCGACUAAGGAGAAGCAGGAGGCGGAGCGUCGCGAGAGGGAGGGAGACAAGGGCGAUGAGCCCCGUCGCCCCAUCGAGCGUCCCAAGAUCGUCUGGUUCAAGCCCACUGACAAGCGUGUUCCCCUCAUUGCUAUUCCUACCGAGCAGGCCCCGCCUGACUUUGUGCAGAACUCGGAGACAUACGCGAACAAGCUAUUCGUCGCCUGCAUCAAGCGUCAUCCUAUCAGCUCCCUCCAUCCGUUCGGUACCCUGGUCGAGGAACUCGGGCCGAUCGGCGACAUCGAGGUUGAGACUAGCGCGCUUCUCAAGGACUGCAACUUCCCCACGGAGGACUUCAGCGACAAUGUGCUUAAGUGCCUUCCCCCCACGCCCUGGACUAUUCCCGAGCGUGAGUUCGACGUGCGCAAGGACCUGCGUAGUGAGCGUGUCUUCACGAUCGAUCCCGAGGAUGCGAAGGACCUCGACGACGCCGUGUCCGUCAAGGUCAACGAGGACGGCACGUACGAUAUCGGCGUGCACAUUGCCGAUGUGUCCUACUUCGUGAAGCCCAACACUGCGUUGGACCGCGAUGCCAGGAAGCGGGCGACUAGCGUGUACCUUGUGCAGCGUGCCGUGCCGAUGCUGCCUCCUACCCUCAGCGAGCAGGUCUGCAGUCUCCUGCCCGGUCAGGAGCGCCUGGCGUUCUCGGUCAUCUUCACGGUGUCCAAGGACGCGAAGGUUGUCAAGAAGUGGUUCGGCAAGACUAUUAUCAAGUCCGCUGCCAAGUUGUCGUACAAUGAUGCCCACGGUGUCAUCGACGGUAAAUCGUUGGGUGACGUCCCCAUCAUCCCCGAGCACGAUGCUGCUGGCAUCUCCCACGACAUCAAGGUCUUGGAUGACAUUGCCAAGCAGCUCCGUGCGCGUCGGUUCCAGAACGGUUGCGUCAAGUCGAACUCCCUUCGACUGAAGUUCAAGCUUGAUGAGAGCGGAUUGCCUGUUGACUGCGGCUCGUACGAGCGGACUGAGGCCCACAACCUCAUCGAGGAGUUUAUGCUCCUCACAAACAUGGCUGUCGCGCAGCAAAUCGCUGUUCAUUUCUCUGAACAGGCUAUGCUCCGGCGCCACGACACGCCGAGCGAGCGUCGCUUGGGUGCCUUCGCUGAGCGUGCUCAGCGCCUUGGAUACACGAUCGAUAGCUCAUCGGUCGGGACACUCAUGCGUUCAAUCGAAGCCGUGCAGGAUCCCACUGCCCGGAACGUGCUGGAGCUUUUCCUUCAGAAGGCUUCGCCCCGCGCGAAGUACUUCUGCGCCGGCAUGCUGGACAUCGCGAAGUACGGCCACUACGCCCUCAACAUCCCCCUCUACUCCCACUUCACCUCCCCCAUUCGUCGCUAUGCGGACAUCAUCGUGCAUCGCCAGCUGGACGCCAUUCUCCAGGGCGGACCGGAGCCCAAGUUCAACAUGGACCGCGAUGCCGUUGCGAAGGUUGCGCAGCAGUGCAACAUCAAGCGUGACUCGGCUAAGCUGGCGCAGGAGCAGUCCGCGCACCUGUACCUCUGUGUCCUUAUCUCCGACCUGACCCAGCGCUACGGGCCCGUCAUCCGCCAGGCCAAGGUCAUUGGUGUCCUCGAUGCCGCCUUCGACGUCUUGAUCCCUGAGUUCGGUAUCGAGAAGCGCGUCCAUGUCGACCAAAUGCCUAUCGACAACCAUGUAUAUGACGAGCACACGCACACGCUCCAGAUUUACUGGUCGACGCGCGACGUCAUUACGUGGCUCGCGGAGAACAGCGACGACGAGCACCUGAAGAAGGUUAAGCAGAACGCAGAGCAGCACGCGUUGAAGAUGGAGGUCGCGUCGCGCUCCGUGCACGACGAGAAGGCCCUCUUCGACGAGGACGAGGACGACUCUGAGGACGAAAUUGUUCUGGGCCGUGCCAGCGAGAAGGCGCCGGAGGAGGUCGAGAUCGCCUCCAAGCAGCGCACCCUGUCGAGGCAGAAGGUGCCGCCGCAGUUCGAGGGCUUGAGGACCCUGCCGUCGGGCCAUAAGAUCCAGGAGAUCCGCGAGCUCAUGACUGUUCCGGUCAUCGUCACUGCUGACCUGACCAAGAGCCCUCCUGUGAUCAAGGUCUACAGCGUCAACCCUUACGCCCAGGAGGAGAAACGCUUCUCCGCCUGAAUGUGGCUGCCCUGCCUUGCCCAACGACAACAACGCCAAUGCGCCCGCCUUUCGGAUGGUCCCAGGAUGAUUCUGUGUACGAUAGUGGUCGGAGUUCCCCUUCUCCUCGUUCUCUUCGCGUGUUUCCUCUGUACGAUCGCCUAUGCCCCCCCUCCCCGCUUCCCCCUGCUCCCGCAACCGCUUGUGCUGUAGCGCAUCUCGCGGGUCGCCUGUACUCCGCGUGCGCGACUGUUCGUGUCGCGUCGUCGCCACCUCACCUCACUUCGCUUUCCCCCCUUCUGUGUCUUCUGUAUCAUGGCCGCGCUAUCGGUCACAGCUGUAGUACGGAGGAUGUUUUGCUUCCGGAUCGUCACAAUGUGUAUGUGUUCUUCAUC